ACCAAACCCUUCAAGGCUUUGAAUCCUAUCCAGCUCUGGAGUAAGAUCUGGAGUGAGAGCUAACGCUAGUUAGGGUUUUUGAGCGAAAGAACAGAGAAGAUGACCCUAGCGGGGACACUGGAGACCGAGCUGGAGCUCAAGUCACCAGCUGAUAAGUACUUCAAACGUAUCAGCAGCGAACUCCACCAUGCCCCGAACGCUUCCCCCGACAAGGUUCACGCCAUAGAAGUGCAUGAAGGUGACCGGGAAACUCCUGGAUCGGUCAAGCUCUGGACUUACACCCUCAAUGGGAAGAAGGAGGUAUUCAAGGACAAGAUAGAGGUUGAUGAGGCGAAGAAGUCGGUGACACUGGUCGCCGUGGAUGGCCACGUGAUGGAGAAAUACAAGAGCUACAAGGUCACCCUCCACAUUGUCCCAAGGGGCGAGGCCUCAGUGGCGAAGAUCACCCUCGACUUUGAGAAGCACCACGAGAGCCAUGACGACCCGAAGGACUAUCUGCAGUUCGUGAUCAGCGUCGCUAAGGACAUCGAUGAGCACCUUGCCAGCCAGGCUGAUUGAGUUAUAAAGUGCCAAGUGGUCAUCCAGCUUCUUUAAUUAACUUCUAAAUAAAAUGUUGCAAGCAGAGUUCCACUUCUGAGAUAAUGAAUAAGUGAUUUCAAGAUACAUAUA